AUGUCGGGUGAAGGCUGGCUCUUCCUCUUGUCGGUGCUGCUCUCGGCAGUGCUGCUGUUCACCAUGGUCUUCUUUAUCAUCAUGUUCUCCGACCUCGAGUGCGACUACAUCAACCCCAUCGACCUCUGCAACAAGCUCAACCAGUUCACGCUCCCGGAAAUGGCCGCCCACGCCGUCCUCACCCUCCUCUUCCUCCUGAGCGGCCAAUGGCUCGCCUUCCUGCUCAACGCGCCAUUGGUGGCAUUCAACGUCAACAAAGUGAUGCAAAAGAACCACAUGCUCGACGCAACAGAAAUCUUCCGGACGCUGUCGCAGCACAAAAAGGAGUGCUUCAUCAAGCUCGGAUUCUACCUCGUCAGCUUCUUCUACUACCUCUACCGCAUGAUUGUCGCGCUCAUCGCCGACACCGAGUAG